AUGUACCAGCCGUGCGUCGAUGACCAAUGUGUUACAAACAGAUGCAAAAUAUUACAGGUUUUCGAUGACAUAAUAUUUGCAUUCUUCACUUUGGAAAUGUCAAUCAAAAUGGUGGCGAUGGGCAUUUAUGGACACGGAACCUAUUUAGCUGAUUCGUGGAACAGAUUAGAUUUUUUCAUAGUAAUGGCUGGAGCACUCGAAUACGCACUCAACGUGGAAAAUAUUAACUUAUCGGCGAUCAGGACAAUCAGAGUACUGAGGCCAUUACGGGCUAUCAACAGAAUACCAAGUAUGCGUAUUUUGGUGAUGCUGUUACUGGACACACUACCCAUGCUAGGAAAUGUUUUGCUGCUAUGUUUCUUUGUCUUCUUUAUAUUCGGCAUUGUGGGCGUACAGCUUUGGGAAGGAAUUCUCAGACAACGCUGCGAGUUCAACCUACCGCCGAAUGUAAUGCGACCCCACAAUAUAUCAUUUUACUAUGAGUUCUCCAAAGAGCUGGAUUAUAUUUGUACAACGCCUGAGGACAACGGCAUGCACACUUGUGGCAAUUUCCCUCCCUACCGGUAUGGAGCUCUGGUUUGCAACGAGACUGCUAAACCCUUCUCGUACAACUACCCAACAAAUACAUCUUGUGUCGACUGGAAUCAGUAUUACACCAACUGCACUCAGAGAGGAAACAAUCCCUUUCAAGGAACGAUCUCAUUCGACAAUAUUGGGCUAGCUUGGGUUGCCAUCUUCUUGGUAAUAUCAUUAGAAGGUUGGACAGAUAUAAUGUAUUAUGUACAGGAUGCCCAUAGCUUCUGGGAUUGGAUUUAUUUCGUUUUACUGAUAGUGAUCGGCUCAUUUUUUAUGAUCAACCUGUGCUUAGUCGUCAUUGCGACGCAAUUCAGUGAGACGAAAAAACGUGAAAUGGAACGAAUGCGGGCUGAACGUGCUCGAUUCACGUCGACAUCAACCCUCGCAUCUUCAACCAAUAACAGCGAACCUGCCACAUGCUACGCUGAAAUUGUCAAAUACGUAGCCCACUUAUGGAGAAGAUUUAAGAGACGAAUGGCAAAAAAAAUCAGGGUGUAUCGAUACCAACGUGCUCAAAUGCAAUGGCGAACCAGCAGAGAAACUCUACAGCUACCCGCCAAUAAGCCCAAACAACACCAUUCGUGUUGUCCACGAGUACACCCACAGGGCAACGGUGGGAAAACGUUGGCUGAAGAAGGAAGUGCAGGGUGUGACGAACCGCUAAGCCGACCCAGCCUGUUGCGCGUACCUUCGCUAUCCGCAGCUGAUCUUGAGAAUGCGUCAAAUUUAUCAUUGCUGUCGCCACCUUCAUUAGCGCGUCGAAGAUCAUCUGUGAUGUUCAGCGACACAGUGUUACUCCAUACACCAAAUGCACCGGCCGGAGCUCACCCACACAAUGUUUGUUCGUCUGAGAAAAUGACACAGACAGAGUUCGACCUGCCGACAGGCGAAUGUGAAGAUCGCGCUGCAGCUGGAGGUACGAUGUCUUGUCAAGAGUUACUGGCGCUCUCUGGAGCGUUAUCAGCUGCUCUGCCAACUGGACAAGUGGCUUUGGAUUCUUUCUUUGAGGAACUCACGAAGGGCAUUAGCAAAAGGGCCGGAGAAGAGAAAAUUGAUACAAGGAUCGUCGAAAUAGAAGAUUAUUCCUGUUGUGCGGAGCUUAUAGCGGCUGAGGCAGCUGCUAAGGAGACAAGAAAGAACCGUUUCAGCAAUGCAUGUUAUAGAUUCUGGAGCCGCAUAUCCGAGGCGCUCUCAAAACUCCGAAAGCAUAUUAAAGAUAUUGUGGAUCAUAAAUACUUUCAACAAGGUAUAUUAUUGGCAAUCCUAAUUAAUACUUUGUCAAUGGGUAUUGAAUAUCACAAUCAACCAGAGGAGCUCACGGUGAUCGUAGAAAUCAGUAACAUUGUAUUCUCUGCAAUCUUCGCUGUUGAAAUGCUACUGAAAAUCAUUGCGGAAGGCCCAUUCAAGUAUAUUUCCAAUGGAUUCAACGUAUUUGAUGGCAUUAUUGUUAUAUUAAGCGCUUUCGAAUUAACACAAAGCAUGAGCCAUGAUAAGGAGCUGGCGGGUAGCUCGGGUCUAUCUGUUUUACGUACCUUCAGGCUCCUUCGUAUCCUCAAACUGGUCAGAUUUAUGCCCAACCUGAGGCGACAGCUGUUCGUCAUGCUCCGUACCAUGGAUAACGUCGCCGUUUUCUUCUCGCUACUAGUACUGUUUAUCUUCAUAUUCAGGUAA